UGAUGAGAUCUGAGCACGGGAUUUCUUGGGUUGUCGCUCAGUCUGUUAGCUACCGGGUUAUACCAGCUCCACCUUGGCAGUAACCAAUGCGCCUCCAACUGUUCUGAGGUUCGGCUUCUACAACUGCCCCCUUUCUUCCAGAGUUCAUGCCUCCUGUCAGCUCGCAACUGUCAACAGCUUCUUUCAGAAUCUCCUGGCAUCCUUCUCCUGAUCGGGUCACAAUGCCAUUAGCCUUCCAAGCGACAUGCCUCAUGAGACGACAGGGCUUGGUUGAUUUCUCCUUUUCUCGCCAGUAGAGAAAGCUACACUGAGCCUGAUUUCUGAUCCCUGGAAAUGGCAGAAGGGGUAGCAGAAAACAUGGAAAUGACAGAACAGGUAGCCAAAGCAAAGCCCAAGAAAAAGAAGCUGCCAGUCGUCCUUGUUUUUCUGGUGCUGAUUUCUGCCUUUGGAUCAUCCUUCCAAUAUGGUUAUAACCUCUGGGAGGUCAAUCACCCAUCUGCGGACUUGUGGAACAUUUCGGCAGUCAGCCGUCAAGCGAAGACAAGCAGAUCCAAAGGAUUUAUCAAGUUCCUAGAUGCUCUCCAAUAUUCAUUCUUCUCUUUCGGAGGCCUGGUUGGGUCUCUUUUUGCUGGCCCCCUGAUGGAUAAAUGUGGCAGGAAAGGUUCCUUGGUGUCUAAUAGCCUUUUCUCCCUCAUCGCUGCUGCACUCAUGGGUUGGUCCAAAGUGCGACGGGCCUAUGAAUUCACCAUCCUUGCACGCUUCGUCACUGGAAUAUGUGCAGGCAUAUUCGCCAGUGUUGUCCCUAUCUAUCUUGGAGAGAUAGCCCCCCAAAACAUGAGGGGAGUCAUCAUCAUGGUGGCUCAGCUCUUUGUCGCCGUGGGUGUCGUGAUGGCUCAGCUCUUUGGGCAUCCCACGAUCCUGGGGAACUACAGAGAUUGGACAAUGUACAUGAGCAUCAUUGGAACUUCGGCAUUAUUUCAGCUCUUCCUGCUGCCCUCCUUCCCUGAAAGUCCUAGGUAUCUAUUGAUUCAGAAGAGGAAUGAAAAGAAAGCAAGGGAAGCUUUGAAGGUGCUGAGAGGCCGAGAUGAUGUGGAAGAUGAGCUUGAAGAGCUCCGGGAAGAGGACCUGGCUGAAGGUGCAGAAAAGAAAAUGAGCGUUCUCAGACUUAUAGGUUUCGAGCAAUUGCGAUGGCAACUUCUGUCUGUCAUUAUCUUGAUGUGUGGUCGGCAGCUCUCUGGCAUUUAUGCAGCAUACUAUUAUGCAGAGAAAAUCUUUGCAAAUAUGACAGGAGUAACGGGACAGAGUGCUCGGUUUGUCAGUGUGGGGUCAACCAUUACUGCCAUCGUCAUGCUCCUGGUAAUUAUGUCUGUUGUUGACACUGUCGGGCGGAGGGUUCUGCUUCUCACUGGCUAUGGCAUCUGCAGCAUCUCCUGCAUUCUGUUAACCAUGUCCCUCGAACUUCUGGGUGAUCUUCUCAUUGGUUCGUCAGCAGCAGAACACAUGGAAGAAAAGUUGCUUUGGGAUUUAAAAUUAUCCUGCAUUUUGCAUGGAAGAUUCAAGUGGAGGGCAUGGGCAGUGACAGAGAUUCCCAUUUGCAAAAUCUUUCCUGCAAAAUUUACUUACAUAUUCCAUUCUGACACCUCAAAGCAGUCCACACAAUUGUCAUUAGAGUAGGAGGCACCUGAGUAGGCUUCUCCCAGACUCUUGAGUAGGAGAAGCUGGAUAAGACGAUUUCUCUGCCUACCUCAUUCAAAAGCUAGGGACGGAAUCUGCAUAGGGUUUGCUCGUCUUAUCCAGCUGGGACAAACUUGACUGUUACUCAAGUUCCCCAUCUCUGACCUUGUUUUUAUCUAACACAUGGUCAAAAAUCUGGAGUGUGCCCAGCUCCCAAAUUAGGGUAGGAGAAGGGUAUAAUCAUGCAAGGAUGGGCAGGGAUGCAUUCUCGGUCCUUUUUCCCCUGCCAGGAUCUCAGCAGGGAUGCAGAGCCCUUUGCUUUCUAAAGGAAAUAAUAUGCUACUCUUGCUAUCCCACUAGUUUGUUACAUAACUGGAGAUGAGACUACAUUUGAUUUUAUUACCAUUCUUCCGAUCUUCUGUUACAAGGAAGAUCCUUGUAGAAGAUCCUUGUAGAUCCUUGUAGAUCCUUGUAGAAGAUCCUUACCCCCUACUCUUUGUAGCUGACAAGCCAGGCUUGUCUUCUAGGUGAAUAACCAUCGGAGCUUGGUGCAAUGUAGGUUGAGGCAACUAUCUUUGACUCUUUGUAACAGAAGCCCCCAAAGUACUGCAUCUGUCUAAGUGAGGUGUAGCCAUUAGGCGUGGCUGUCAGGGUGCCAGUGGCUGUGGAGCUGUCAUGGAGAGCACCUAUAUUUCUCUGAGUUUGUGAGUACAUCUCUGGGUAGGAAGCUUCUCUUACCAUUACAACAGUUGUGUGGAUCCCCCUCACAUACUUUAUAUGGACUUGGCUCGUGAUGUUCCAUGGUCUCUGUUGCUU